ACUGGUGCUGGUGCGGAGUGGCGCAUAGGACCUGCUUUAUAUGGGACCGUGGUAGAGUAUAGGAUUGACCCCCUCUGACCCCCUUUCCCCAUGGCCUGUCAUUCUCCCUCCUUUGGAUCCUAUACCGUGGCCAUUAUACCCUUUAAGACCUCCCUCUUCAGUCUGGAUUCACUGCACUUCUACCUGUGGGUAAAGCAUCUGAAGCAUUUGGAGCAGGAGAAGGACGCUUUGUGGUGUGGUCUGGAGAUCCUGGAGAAAGCCAGACUUUGGUACCUGCAGCGGAUACAGGAGAACAGGCACAGACAGGACCACACCGCCCCCACAUGGACCUCAGAGGCUAACUUCUGUCUUCUGAGGUCUCGAAUUCAACGAGCUAAUGGCUCUUUGGGAUCAGUGAUGAACGAGCCCAAUGUGACGAGCAGCAUGCACUCACUGCCUGAAGCUGUGGGGGACAGCAACCUCCGGUGGCACAAUACCAUACUGAUACAGGAGUUUGGUGACAUGAACCAUCAGAUUUGUUUGCUGCAAAAGGAGAAGGAUGCUCUCAUGGAACAGCUGAAAGACCUGCAAGCACACUGA